CGCUUUGUUAAACUGCCCCGAAACGCUACGGAACUAGAAGUUCGAAAAGUAUCUGGCUAAAGAAGUUACUUACCCAAAGAUUUUUGUUCGCCACGUGUUCUUCAAGCAGGUUGGAAUAUCUUUGGUAUAGAGUAAUGAUUUUAUAUUAGAACCGUGUUUAAAGUUUGUUGAGGAAUAUUUUAUGAGUAACAUUGUAUGCCACUUCAAAUGAUAAGUAUUGCCAGGAAAGAAAGUUGUAAAGCCAUGUUGAAGCUGUAGAAGUACACUGCUACGAACAAAUCCAACAGAAGAAUAAACUGACUGCUGUUAAACUAUUCAAAGGAAACCACAGGCAUUGCGACGCAAUUAUUCAUUCAUCCGGAUGAUCUGAGCGAAACUGUAACUGGCUCUUCGAUCACAAUGUGGCAAGAUGUGCCCGCCAUUGGACGCGCUUCUUAGCGUUUGGAUGAAACCGCAAGUCAUCGCUCACCGUGGAUAUCCAUCCGAGACUCAUCACGUAACUACAGAUGAUGGAUAUAUCCUGGAAAUUCAUCGAAUCCCACCUAAAGGUACUGCCAAGAAAGUGGUGUUUUUGCAGCACGGCGUAAUGCAGUCAUCCGGCACUUGGUUGGUUAAUCCUUCCAGCCGUUCACUUGCAAUACUGUUGGCAGAACAGUCAUACGACGUAUGGAUGGGUAAUUUCCGAGGCAACAAGUAUUCAAGAAAACAUACUACCCUUGACCCACAUUCUCGCGAUUACUGGAAAUUCAGCUGGGACCAAAUAGGAAAUUAUGACAUUCCUUCGGUAAUCAACUAUAUACUGAUGAAAACGGGCCAAUCAAAAUUGUCUUACAUAGGACAUUCGCUAGGAUGUGGAGUAUUCUUCAUCGCAAUGAUCAAGCAUCCACAGCUCAAUGCAAAAAUUGAACUGAUGAUUGCUCUGUCACCGCUUUCAUCAUUUGCUAAUUUCAACGCCAUCUUUCGGGUUUUAACUCCAUACACUCAGCCCAUCGAGAGUUUCCUUAGAUUUCUUGGCACUCGUGUUCUGUUUGAUAGUGAGAUUGCCGGAGAUCGUUUGUUUGACAUCGCAUGCGAACAAACUUAUAGCCAAGCGCGAUUCUGCAGAGACGUGUUCAUUUUAGUUUGUGGGCCCAAUCGCAAAAACCUUGAUCCCGCUUUGAUCCCAUUGAUGAACGCAAAUUUUAUGACUGGAACUUCGGUGGCUGUCAUAGCUCAAUUUGCUCAAAAUUAUAAUGCAGGUGAGAUAUUCCAGGCUUACGAUUACGGCACGGAGGGCAAUCUUCAAAAUUACGGUUCAACGAAACCAUUUGAGUAUGAUCUGAGAAAAAUCACAGCUCCGAUUUAUGUCUUUUCAGGCGCAGUUGACAAAAUCGUUACAGCAAAGGAUGUCGAUUGGCUGCUGACUAAGCUAACGAACUUGAAGGGAUCUACUCGUUUCCAGGAAUACAAUCAUUUGGAUUUCAUAUGGGGGACAGAUGUCAAAGAGAAGCUUUAUGACAAAGUCUUGGAGCUUUUGUCUUCCUAAUGUUUAUUAAGCCAAAACUGCUCAUCAACUGAUCAAUAGUUUGCCUUUGCAAAAUCAUGUUAUUUUAAUAUUCAUAU